AUGAGCGGUAACUACAGCAGCGUCUCUUUCGAUAGUCAAGAGAUUGCACCUGAUCCAUCACUGUUUUCGCUAAAUCUAACGACUCAAUUCCCCGUCGAAAGAUCAAUUCCUCAAGCCCUCUUAAACAACGACACUAUCAAUUCUGAUAUCAGUAUUGCAUACCAGAGCACAGUCCGUAUAAGCAACGGCGAUGCAACUGGAGCACUCUGGAAUAUCAAUGAUACUAUAUACGUUUUUGGUGGCGGCUUCAAAGAACCUAUAAACACUUUGUCAGCCUACAACACCACAACAAACCAGUGGAAAGAAGUGAAUGUGACUGGCGGAAACUUCAACUUUGGUAACCGAACUUCGUCUCAGUAUGUCAGUGUACCUGAUUCGGGUCUCGGGUUUAUAUAUGGCGGAACGGAUUACAUGGGAGGAAUGAUACGCUUGAACGCGUCUGAUCCGGAUAAUCUUUCGUGGACCAACGAAACUUUAGGCAAUGGUUCGCAUGGAAUUGAGGUGCCGAACUUGGAGUCUGGUGCCAUGGUUUAUAUACCGGCGGGAGAUGAAGGCAUGCUCAUCACAUUCGGAGGAGGAAAUGUCACCUCAGGCAUAAGUCCCGACUCAGGCUGGCCGUAUGAUUCGGAUUGGCUCACCGUGUAUGUCUACGACAUUGCCUCUCACACCUGGUGGGCACAGAGAGCAUCCGGCGAUGCACCAUCACACAGAACCGGUUUUUGCGCCGUGGUCACGGAGUCCCCCGAUGGUAGCGCGUUUCAUAUCACGACCUACGGUGGGUGGAGCCUGCUUUACCAGCGGUCAUUUGAGGAUGUUCAAAUCCUUAGUAUUCCUUCGUUCACUUGGAUCAAUGCCACAGGCCUGUCGAGCAAUACAAAUAAAGAGCAACAGGUAAACUCGACAGUUGGACGUGACAGUCUUACUGGUGCUUGCCAGGCAUAUCGUGGCGCGCAGAUGAUCGUCCUUGGUGGUGAGAUCCGUGCUGGCGCCUAUUCGCUUACGAAUGGCGCAUGCAGCAAUACGUUUGAGCCUGUUCGUGUUUUGGAUUUGUCUACGUAUGAAUGGAAGAAUGAGUUAAAUACCAGCGCUAGCUAUGAGGUGCCGUCAAUUAUCUACAACAAGAUAGGUGGAAAUGCAACCGGUGGUGCUAUAUCUACUGUUCCUGCUGCCGGGUUCGCAGACCCAACUUUGGCCUCCUUGUUGCAAAAACAUGUCGGGGGUGCGACCGUCACAUCUUCAAUAACUCCUUCCACUACACCAAGCGACGUAGCACAGUCUAGCUCCGUGAAUUCCGGCGCCAUUGCGGGCGGAGUCGUUGGCGGUAUAGUUGCACUUGCACUUGUUGCAGGCAUGGCAUGGUUUCUGAUACGGCGUAAGCGACAAGAUCAGGCUGCUGAGAUAACGAUUCCUCAACAAAAAUGGGAGCCACCAGUACCACCACAAGAAAUGGAGGCAACAUAUGGCCGGCUACCAGAGGCAGGGGGGGUGCCGAUCCAUGAGGUUGCUGCAGGAUCUCAUGUUGUCGAGAUUGGAGUCGGCUAUCCUAGGCAUAUGCCAACUAACCCUACCGAAUAA